GAAAGGAAGCAAUCAUGCAAUAUGGUAGUUCCUAAAUUGGGACAAAAAUUAUCAAACAUGGAAUAUUUGACCAUCAUUAAUUUUGAAGAGUUAUUUGAUGGUGGAUAUAAUCUUUCAAGUUUGAAGGAACUAAUAUUGGGUGAUCUACCUGAAUUGCGGGUGGCAUGGAAAGAUCCCAUUCAACUUGUCAACUUUCAAGGCCUCACUAAAUUGUAUGUCUUUAGAUGUGGCAGGUUAAGAUAUAUCUUAUCACCGACCAUCGCACGGAAUUUGCCACAAUUGAGCUGUUUAAAGAUACAUGAGUGUGAGGAAUUGGAGCAAAUUAUUGAAAAGGAUGGCCAAACUACAUCACAAGGUCAUAAUCUCCAACCUAUCUGCCUCCCUAACCUGACUGAAAUAGAGAUUUAUAAAUGCGAAAACUUGAAAAGUCUCUUUCCGAUGAGUGUUGCUCAUGGCCUUUCAAAACUGCAAAAGUUAAUUGUUCUUUACGUCUCCAAAUUAGAACAAGUAUUUGAACAAUCAGGAGAUGAGGCAAAUGGUAGCGAGGAAAAAGAGAAAGUGAUACAGCUACCUCAGUUCGGCACUUUACGUCUUGAAGGGCUACCGAACCUUGUGAGCUUCAGCCCUGAGGGUUAUCAUUUUGUAUUCCCAUCUGUGCGAAUUUUUUUGGUAAUAGGUUGUCCCAAUAUAACCACAAGCUUUAGUGUUGAUUCAGAGCAAUCUGGGCAUGCCAAAACAGAGGCAAUCCGAUCAAUUGAUGAAAAUAUAGUGGAAGCGUUUACUAGAGCUCAACAAAAAACAUGGCCAAUUGGUAGUAAUAUAGGGUGGCUGAGAUAAUAGAGUUAAAAACACUACCUUUUUCAGAGAAGGGAGAUGAAGAAUAUGAGUUUCAGAAUAUGCCAGUGAAUGAAGCACUUGCUAAUUUGCUGCAGCAUUUCACAAACCUUUGUCCCAACUUCAUAGACUUGCAGCCAAAUAUUGCGAUAAUAUUAGAAUGCAAAUUUCUAUGAGGGUACAUAAAACUACAUUCCUGUUUAUUUAUGUCUUUUUUUUGUCAGCUAAAAAUAUAUUGUUUGUUGUCCUUUCCACUAGCAGACUUGAAAACUAAGUUUCCCUAGUUGAUGUUCUAGAGGUUGCUUUAUUUAAAGAUGGCGGAUCUUACUGAGUUAAAUACUUACUGGAAUACUAACAAAUAAAAACAACUAAGUUCAUGGAAAAUGUUGGACUGAAAUAGUAUGUGUAUAUAUCAUUAAGCUUAUAAGCAG